GUGUCGCUCUCAAAAAGAACUUUUUUAAAUUCUAUUUAGAAUUUUCAAUUGUUCUUUUUCGUUCUCUCAUUAAUUUCGCUCUCUUUUUGUUUUUUUUUCCUUGUUUGUUUGUUAAUUAUCUUCAUUUUCUAAUUAUGUCUCGAGUUAAAAAAUCUCAACAGGUUGAAAUUGUUGAAGAUACUGAUACUGAAUCGGUAGUAGCUGCUGAGGAAAUUGCUGGUGAUGUCGAUACACUUGUUGAUUUCGGUGUUAAUGUUGCUGAUUUAAGGAAAUUAAAAGCUGCUGGUAUUUAUACUAUUACUGGUAUUCAAAUGUGUACCAGAAAGAAGCUAAUUGCCCUGAAAGGAUUAAGUGAGGCAAAAAUUGACAAAAUUCGAGAAGCUGUUGCUAAAGCGGUUCCGCUUAAGUUUAAAACUGCUUACGAGCAGAGCUUACGUCGUGCAAGUGUUUUUAAGGUUUCUACUGGUUCGUCAGAUUUGGACCGUCUAUUAGGAGGAGGAAUUGAAAGUAUGUCCAUAACUGAAGCUUUCGGGGAGUUUAGAUGUGGUAAAACUCAACUUUCCCAUACACUUUGUGUCACCUGUCAAUUAGCUAGUGAAGGAUCUGCUGGUGGUAAAGCGAUUUUUAUUGACACUGAAAAUACUUUCAGACCAGAGCGUCUAAAACAAAUUGCUGAGAGAUUUGAAUUGGAUGAGAAGUCAGCACUUGAUAAUGUGCUUUAUAUGCGAGCAUAUACAUCUGAACAUCAAUAUGAGAUAUUGGAACAUACAACAGAACUUUUAUUUGAAUCUAAAAAUUCUAUCAAAUUAAUUGUGGUUGAUUCUGUGAUGGCUUUAUUCCGUGUGGAUUUCAGUGGUCGUGGUGAAUUGGCUGAUCGCCAACAAAAAUUAGCCCAAUUUUUAACUCGCUUACAAAAAUUAAGCGAAGAAUACAAUUUAGCAGUUUUUAUAACAAAUCAAAUGACCGCUGAUCCAGGCGCUGCUAUGUCGUUUCAAGCUGAUCCCAAGAAGCCCAUCGGAGGUCACAUCUUAGCUCAUGCCUCAACAACUCGAAUCGCUCUAAGAAAAGGUAGAGCUGAAAACCGAAUCGCUAAAAUCUAUGAUAGUCCCGAUAUGCCAGAAAGUGAGGCCACAUUUGCCAUAACGGAAGGAGGAAUCACUGAUUCUAAAGACGCCUAAUCAAUUAUUUCAAUCAAAUGAAAAAUGAUCAUCUUCAAUCAAAUAGAUUUGAUUAUCAACACUUGCAAUUAAUUUGCAAUCAAUUAUUUAUUAGAGGUAAAUUUACUUCAAUUAUCAAUUUAAUCAUCAUUUUUCUAACAUUAAUUAGAAAGAUCAUAAUUGCUCAAAAAAAUGUCAAUUUUUUAUGUUUUUUUCAGAGAAAAAAAAUCAAAUUGUAAAACUAAAUAAUAAUCACCGUUUAAAAUUUUGUACAAAUUCCCAUUCACAGGGUAUGAAUAGAACCUUUAAAACCCAAAAAGAAAAAAGUUACAAUUAACUGACAAUUUAAUGUAAAUCAUCGCCAAUCAAUUAAAUAGUUUCCAUAUUAAAGUAAAAACAAAUUACAACAAUUAAUGAAUGGGAUAAUUAAAAAUAUGAUAAAAAAACAAAUUGUUAACAAAAGUAAAACCAAAUGGAAACAGAUUAAUUAUUCUAAUAAUCAU